AUGCCUGACGGCACCAGCAAGAUUGACUAUAUGAAGAAGCUGGGCGCUGACGAGGUGAUCAACUACAAGGAAGCCGACUGGGCCGAUGCCCUGGCGGGCAAGGAGUAUGACCAGAUCUUCGACUGCGUCGGUGAGGCGGAGGACUGGGCCAAGGCUGCCAAAGUGUUGAAGAAGGGCGGUCUGUUUGUUAGCAUCGCCAACUUCGGAGACGCAAAGUCCACGGAAGACCACUUUUUCAA